AUGAAAGAAUGUGCAAAAAAUGAAUGCGAAAGUUACGUCUCCUUGGACAACGGAGCUUUCGUUUUUAGACACAUAUAUAUGGAUGAUUUCGAGAAGGAAUUCAACGUGAAACCCAUUCACGUCCCAAUAAUUGACCCAUCCGUCUCCGAUCUUCUAAGAAACCAUAAUCUCACCUAUGACCUCAAAAACGAUCCCGAACUGAAUCCAUCCGCUGUCGAAGAUGUUGUCCAGGAAACGAAAAAUUAUGCGCACGCGAUUGAAGACUUGAAGCGCAAGGUUGACAACGGAACAUUUGUGGACGAUGGUGGAUUAUAUGUCAGAUGGGUUAACGAGAUCUUAAGGUAUGGAAUGUUUGCGGGAAGAGAGUUCAUGGAAGGGGAAAUGCUCGGUGUUUAUGCCGGAUUGAUAGUUCGAGAUAGCAUAGAUAACGAAUAUGCAUGGGAAUACAAUUAUCUCGUGGAUGUGAAAGAUCGGAAUGGAAAAAAGGUUGAGAUAUCUGUUGAUGGAAAGAAUUUUGGAAAUUAUCUACGAUUUGCCAAUCAUCGUGACUGUAAGUAA